CCGGAACCUCCUUCUAGAGACUACUCGCGGAGUUGAUCUGUUGUUGUUGCUGUUGCGCCGCACCGAAAACUUGCGAAUAACAGCAAGACAGCUAGUUAAUCAACUAGCCACUGAAAUAGAAACAGGCAAUUCCGUUUCAUAACGGACUAUACUUGCACCUGUCAAACGGGCAGGCCGUUUCAAUGCAUUUCAGAGAUCUGAAAUUACUGUGGAGAUGGACGCAUACGAUUUGUUUACAAGCUGCAGGAAGGGCGAUGUUUCUAGAGUGAGAUACCUCGUUGAACAGAGAGAUGUGGAGCUUAACGUUAGAGACAAAUGGGACAGUACCCCACUGUAUUACGCCUGUCUCUGUGGUCACGAGGAGCUGGUGCAGUACCUGCUGGCCAAUGGAGCGAGGUGUGAGGUGAACACGUUCGACAGCGAGCGCUGUCUCUACGGCGCCCUAAGUGACCAGAUCCGCCGGCUGCUGAAGGAGUACAAGAGAAUCACAGCCAAGACCAUGCAGCGCGACCUCUACGACCACUUCCUGCAGAGUCUGCUGGAGCAGGGCUUCUACAGCGAUGUGCUGUUCCUGGUGCACGGAGAGUCCUUCAGAACCCACCGCUGCAUCCUCAGCGCACGCUCUGAGUACUUCAGCGACAUGUUCGAGACCAAGUGGAAGGGCAAGAGCAUCGUCGCCCUCAAACACCCUCUGGUCAACCCUGCUGCAUUCGGUGUCAUCCUGCAGUACCUGUACACAGGCAGGUGUGACAUUGAGGUGAGCUACGUGGAGGACUGCAAGCGGCUGGCCAAGCAGUGCAAGAUCCACGAGCUCAUCGACGCGCUGGAGACCAAGACCAAGCAGGCCCUCACGUUCGUGACCUCCAAGCCGGGGACGUGUGUGAAGGUGCUGACGCUGGAGCCGGAGAGUAACCGGCAGGUGCAGGAGGAGAUGGCCCUGCUGGCCGACUGCAGCCUCCCGGCCCAGCUGAGGGUGGGCUUUGGUGAACUUCCCUUUGACAAAACUGACAACUUCCCCAAUUACCCUGACAUCUGCUUCCGGGUUGAAGGUUACAGUUUCCUGUGUCAUAAGGUGUUUUUCUGUGGCCGCAGUGACUACUUCAGGGCACUGCUGGAGGACCACUUCAGUGAGGGGGAGAUGCUGCAGUCCCAGCCCUGCACCCCCGCCCUGACCCUGCACCACCUCCCCCACGACAUCUUCAUCCGCCUGCUGUACUACAUCUACAGCGACGACACUGAGCUGUCAGAGGAGAACGUGGAGGAGGUGCUGGGUGUGGCGGACAUGUGGCUGCUCCCGGGGCUGAAGCGGCUGUGUGGCAGGGUGCUGGCCCAGGGCCUGGGGGAGGACAGCGUGCUGCGUCUCUGGAGGACCGCCCGCCUGUACCGCCUGUCCCGCCUGGAGGACCAGUGCACCGAGCUCAUGGCCCGCAUCAUCUACAAGCUGGUGGAGGACCCGGAGUUUGCGCAGCUGGUGCAGGAGGACGCGGCGGCCGUGGCCGACAGGCAGGAGACAGACUCCAUCCCGCUGGUGGACGACAUCCGCUUCCACAUCAGCAGCAACGUGCAGACCUACAGCGCCAUCGAGGAGGCACAGCAACGCCUGCUCGCCCUGGAGGACCUGCUGCUGCUCAUCGGCCUGGAGUGCUGAGGGGGGCUGGAGUGCUGGGGAGGGGG